AUGAACACCGAUAUAUACAGGCUUCUCUUCUCCAUCAGCGAGGCUUUGGACUUGGAAAACCUGAUGGCCCUGAAGUUUCUGAGUCUGGAGCACAUCCCACAGAAGAGUCAGGAAGACAUUCAGAAUGCCAAGGAUUUCUUCCUAAAUCUCCAGAAGGGAGGACUGAUAAAAGAAGAUGAUCUGUCUUUCUUGAAGGAGCUGCUGUUCAGAGUGAACCGCAUAGACCUCUUGGCUGAAAAACUGGACUGCAACAGAGAUGAAAUGGAGAAGGAGCUUCAAAAUCCAGACAAGGCAAAAGUUUCUCCAUAUAGGCAACUACUUUACCAGAUCUCAGAAGAAAUAACCAGUGAAGAAAAGAAGCUUCAGGACAAUGCUGUAAGAGUACUUGAUUGUGGUGGUUCUUUGCGCAGAGCUGGUUGGGACCCUCUGGCUGAGCUACCGCUUAAGUCAAUACUGAAGCUCUUUACAGAAAUGGAAAAAGCUGGGAUAAUGAAUGAAACCAAACUGACACUGCUGAAGAGUAUUUUACAGGAAGUGAGACCUGACCUGGCACAAAAAAUGAAUACCUAUGAAUUAACAACACAGGGUCAUAUGCAUCAGAAAGUCCCUUGCCUGCAAACAGGGCCAUUUCUGGGUCCAGGUGAAUGGGGAGCAAAGGAACCAAUGUCCGUGCCCAAGCCUGAGAACUCCUACAGGAUGGACAAUCGUCCUCAUGGCUAUUGUGUGAUACUGAACAACGCUGUAUUUAAAAAUCCUGAUGAAACCAGGAUGGGCACAGACAAAGAUGCUGCGGCUCUGAAACGGGUCUUUGAGAGGCUUCAGUUUGAGACAAUUGAGCACCAAAACCUAGAAGCAAAGGAAAUCCGCGAGAAAAUCCAAGACUAUAGCAACAUGGAUCAUAGCAACAUGGACUGUUUCAUUUGCUGCUUGCUCUCACACGGUGAAAAAGGAAAAGUACAUGGGACAGACUGGAAUUCUGUAUCCAUCACAGAUCUCGUCUCCUGCUUCACGGGAUCCAAGUGCUUCUCUCUCGCUGGCAAACCCAAACUCUUCUUGAUUCAAGCCUGCCAAGGCAGGACAGGGCAGAAAAAUAUCCCAGUGGAAGAAGAUUCUUCUCGAGAGCUGGAGACAGAUGCUUUCCCCAUGUCUUCCAUUCCCGACUGGGCUGAUAUCCUCAUUAGCAUGGCCACAGUGGAAGACUUUGUGUGCUACAGAUACAGAGAGACAGGCAGCGUGUACAUUCAGUGUCUCUGCGAGGAAUUAGAGUCCUUCUGCCCACAGCGUGUAGAUCUGUUGACCAUCCUGACAGAAGUCAAUAAGAAAGUGGGAGAAAAAGUGUUUCUCGACAAAAAGCAGAUGCCAGAAAUAAAAUCAACCCUGCGGAAGCAACUGAUCUUCCAGGUGCCAACGCCAGACAAGAAGCGUCAGUGAGACACUAAACUAGGAGCCGCUUUCUGAGAUGGAUUCAACUUGCAGUUCCAAAAGACCAAUGGACUGGAUCUAUUCAGUUAGGUCCCAGUCCUACAAGGUACCGAGGGCCUUCAACUCUUGGAUCAUUAGCCCUGACAGUGGUCCAAAUCAUGAAAUGGCCUGACAGUGUCCAGCAUCUAUCUACUUCAGUAGGAGUUGAGCCUGCUCAGCCUUUUCUAGGACUGACUGCCUUGACCCUGAUUUCACAGGAAGAAACACACAGGAAAAUUAUGACUCCAAACCAAUGAGGAAAUCGGCAGUUUCCAUUUGUCAAUGUUAUUCAUAGAUAGUAUGUCUGAAAGGGGCCAUUGUGAUUAUUAGGGAUCUUAGCUUUCUGUGAAAGGAAAAACCCCAAAAUUCUUCAGUUUGUCCACAGUUGAAAUGAAACGCUGAAUUUUAGUUUCCCUAGCCACAAUAUAUAUAGGUAUCAGUUGAAUGCAAUGUUUUAUUGAUAUAUUUACCAUUUUUAGCAAGUUCAA